GAAGAGUUGGCGUCACAGUUACCAGGGUGCCCAGAGCAAUAAAGCCGGCUUCAGGAGCUCGGCCAAGCGCAUGGGAUCGUGGAGAGUCCAGGACCCAGGUAAAGAGGGUCCAUCUCGGCACUGCUGCAUCACCCAACAUCUUGGCAAAGCGUCGAACUGACUGCUGAUUCGAUAGACGCGCAGGAAGGAGGUGGUAGGAUUUUCUGUGGCCUGUGAAGUAAACGGAUGCAGUACGUAAGAAAAUCAACGUAAAAUGGCAGAAGAAAAGCAGCAUGAGCAGAAGUUCCAGCAGAAGGCUCGGAAGCAAACUAAGCAGAAGAAAUCAAAGUCGGCUGAAUUUCUGAUGGUAAAAGACAACAGAUCCGCAGCAGAAGGCAUUGAAAAUCCUGCUUUUAACAUCAGCACCAGAAACCUUUCAGUAUAUCAUAAUUCAGCAGAAAAAGAAAUUAGACAUGACAGACACGAUGGCACCCUUGCAGCUCACCAACAAAAACUCCUGCUCCAAACCUAUGAUCAAGCAAGAGGAAAUGAAUACAGCAGAAAUUACUUUGACCUACAGAUGUAUGAGGGAAUAGACCCAAGGCAGUAUAGGAUAGAGGUCAGCGCAGAAGAUGAGUGUGAAUUAACUCCUGACAAGAAUGAUGACAUGGAUUUGUAUCUAAAACUACUGAAGCUUCUAGAAGAUGAGGAAGGAAACCUGGAGGACAGUAUAGGAGAAACCACUGGAGCUCACGUGGGACAUGAAAGCACUGGAAUUCACAACAAUAUAUUGGGCCUGCAGCAGGAAAUAGAGAGUGAGACGAUCCCUCCUUAUGUUGAACAGUUCGAGGAGAGCGUACAAGAUGACGUGAUUCUGGUUGGCAGCCUUUCACUGGAACAGGCCCGAGAUCAACGACAGAGGUUUGUUCAUGCACACGUGGAUUGUCGGUCACAGGAGAAGCAUCUGGUUCUGCAAGAAAAGCUGUCUGUCAAAACACAGGAGGAAGAAGCCAAGCAUCGAGUGAUGGCACUUAUAAGGAAGAAAACAAAGGGAACAAAAUCUCGGGAGGAGAUCAACCCGGAACAGUCAGAGAAUUUACAGGAGAGCCUUCAUGCGGCCUUCCAGAUUGCAGAAAACCAGUUGCUGAAAGCACUCGAAAGCCGCAGAGGUGAAGUGAUGGCUAUGUAUGGCGACCUAACUGAAGUCAAACACCAAUACAGUGGUAUGCAAGGCCAUCGCUGGAAGGUUGAAUGGUCUGGCACACCUCAGCAUGUCCAAAUCCAACUGAAGUGUCUGCGAGCUGUGAAGGAUAAAUUGCCCAGAGGACAGUUCGCCCUCAGGAUUUCUCUGUACAGAUGCCUUGGGGGCCAGCCACUCCGGUGGUCUAAGUUGAAAGAUCAGGACUGGGCAGGGACAUCGCUACCCGUCCACCAUGACGGCAACUUUUACAACAUCGAACUAAGUUUCAACCAGAGCAUUGCUGCGGUUUUACCUUCUGAAAGUGAUGUUCAACCAGGAAUGGUGCUAAUCUUUGAACUCUUUUUGCUCCAUGGAAUUAAUAGCAGUGUUGACCAGGCAGUGGGAUGGGGUGCAUUUCCAAUCUGCAACAGCCAACUGGAGAUCUUGGAAGGAAAAUACAAAUGUCCCCUUUUAAGGGGACACAGGGACUCCAAAAUAGAUGAGUUCAGAAAAAUUGAAGACCUUAUAUCAUCAGAUAUAGAUCACUGGCUGUGCAACCUCUAUUUCCAGGUAAUAAAGCUCCCCAAAUCUCUUAUUGGACAGAAGGAGUAUGUAGUGGAACCCCAGCUGCCUCCACACUUUGUCAGCUCUCCUGAACACUCUUACGCCUCUGAGAGAAAUGAGACCAAUGAGAACAUCCUGGACACCAGUGCUGGCCUGAAGCUUGUCACUUCCUCUCCAGGGCAACCUUUGACCUCCCAAAGAGAUCCUAUCACCCACAAGGGAAGUAUUCCCACUGGUGUAAAGGAAGCAGAGAAAGGUUUUCAUGUUGUGGAGGGAGGGGAGCAAAGCAAACACAAAGAAAAAGCGAGAGAAAAAGAGGAGCCAGCAACAAGGAAUGAUUUUCAUAUGGAUGGAAAAGGAAAAGCAAAUUUGAACCUUAAAGCUCAAAAUUCCUGUGGAAUUAACACUGACUGUGAGGAGAAAUUUGAUGGGCUGGUAACAGCGAACAACGAGAGUGGAAUGUUCUUCAAGGCUAUUCAUCAUAAUCUGUUUGAAUUCAAUAGCAAAGAUAAGUGUCAGAAUCCUGUUGAGAAGGACAGAUCUCCACAGCUGCCCCCAUACCUGGUGAACCAGGAUCAAUACCGAUUCUCUGUUGUGUCAAAUUCUUCCCCCGACCAAGCAGUGAAAACUCUUGCCACACACGCCCGGUUUGUCUGUCGGAUGUUCCUGGAGGAGCUCGGAGUUUCACAAUGGUGCCCAUCAGAGGCUUGGCUCACGAUGCUGCUCGUAGCUUUGAACUGGUUUGUGCGCCUUUACCUGCAUUACUGCAGCCAGUGGCUCUACCUCCAGGCGAUUGGUGUCCCCGUCAACAAGUUCCAUUUUUAUCCACACACGGUCGAACUCAUCUACCAGAAUUCUCUACUGCAUACUUGCGAGGAGCUGACCAUUGUAGCCUUGGGACCUUUGACCUUGAAUGUAGCUAUGCUUAUUAUGGCUAUGAUCAGAUGGGUCUGUCAUGUAUUAUUUGGCUCAUUCCCUUCCUUCUUGUCAAGGUUUAUCAUGGCAAUGGGACUUUGGAUAGUGCUUGACCCUCUGGCAAUAUUUAUAGUGGAUGGCAUCCUGGGGCGCCUGGCUUACAGUACAGAUAGUCCAAUAGCAGAUGCAGCCAAGCUUUACUGGCUGUUUUACAGAAGGCAACAUUCUGGGAUCCCUGGCAUACUGAUUACAGUCAUCUUGUACAUUGUGAUGUUCAUUGGUUCUCUUAUAAUUCUCUAUUUCUAUUUCUUAAGGCUACACAACCAUGGGAGGCUGCUAGAUGUCUUCUACCGACUGCACAGCGCCGAGGAGAGAUUUCUCAUACCCCAGGACUUGGAGAUGUCAAAUCAAGAGCUGAACUAUCUAAUGAAAAAGGCAGAGCAAUGGAGGGGGAUCAAUGGUGAGAGAAUGAAGGUGGCAGUGUACGACUACAUCUGGAAUGAUGAGCUCACCAUGCACCCGUCCUGGAGCUGUGCAUCCCAGGAGUGCAAUCAAACCUGUGGUUCAGAGGCCGGCUGCGGAGAGAUCACCACUCAUGUGUCCAUCUACAUCAUACACCUCAGUAGCUUGCAAGAGCUGUACAGGCAUUUCCUUCGGCUGCCUGAUGGUGCCAUUGUUGAGGUGUUCGGUGAUAUUAGUAGCACAAACUUUGCACAUGGUGGGGUCGACGUGCAGAUACAGAGGCAGGUGAACAAUGUGCACAAUGUGUUGCAACCCUCCGCCCCAUCUGGGCUUCGAGAGAGACAGAGGAAUGUAUGCAACGCCAGAAGACCUUAAAGCCUGGUAACUACAAGGAAUAAGGUUGAACAUCACUUGUGAAUGCCUGGAUUUAUCUUGGGAAACAUUUUGUUCACCUUUGUAAAUUUUCUCUGAUUAUUAUAUCAAGCUGUGAAUUUCUUGAUGUAAACAUUCAUUCAUGUUCAUGCUAAUCACUACAGGAACAGACAACAAGCCCAUAUCAAAAGAAACCAAGGCACUGGGGAAUUCAGAAUGCAUAGUGGACGAUGUUAAUCUAUUUACAAACAACAAAAAAACACAAUGUACCAGGGAGCUUUUCUUAUAACUAUUUGAUUUAAGACUUUAUUUCGAAUUCUGCUUUGGAAGGUUUUUCAAACUUUGGGCAUCAAUUCAAUUUGCCAUGCUUCAUCUUCUGAUA